AUGCCGGGGAGGGCGGGGGCGGCCCCGGCUCCGCGCCGCUCCCGGGGCUGGUGGCCCGGGGACGCCGGGAGCCGGGGAUGCCCCGGCAGCGCUCCCGGGAAGCGCCGGUGUCUUUGCCGAAGUUGUUGCCGCUGUUGCUUGGCAGUGGCUGCGCUCGCAGGGGCUGCGGCAGAGCGGACACCGCGCUGCUGGCGAGAAAAUGGAGCGCGUUUGCUGAGCGGGCAGAUUCCAUGGCAGGGCACAGCGGAGCUGCGGGGCCGCUCGGGAGGCUGUCAGGCAUGGAAGAGAAGGUGGUUUGUGCUUCGGAGCGGCCGCCUAACAGGGGAUCCAGAUGUAUUGGAAUACUACAAAAAUGACCAUGCCAAGAAGCCUAUCCGUAUUAUUGACCUAAAUUUGUGUCAACAAGUGGAUGCUGGAUUAACAUUCAACAAAAAGGAGUUUGAAAACAGCUAUAUUUUUGAUAUCAACACUAUAGAUCGAGUUUUCUAUUUGGUAGCAGACAGCGAGGAGGAGAUGAAUAAGUGGGUUCGAUGUAUCUGUGAUAUCUGCGGGUUCAACCCUACAGAUGAGGAUGCUGUGAAGCCACCAGUUAGUUCUUUACAACCAUCUGCUGAGUUACCCUUGCCCAUCAGCACUUCACCGCCCUCCUUGCAAGCAGAAUCUUCCCUUCCUUCUCCUUAUCGGCUCAUUAACGUCCCCCCUCUGGAGUCUGCCUCUGGUCAGGAAGAUCCUCAAGACUACUUACUGCUAAUAAACUGUCAAAGUAAAAAACCUGAACCUAUGAGAUCUCAGGCUGACUCUGCAAAAUCCAGCUCUUCAGAAACAGACUGCAAUGAUAACGUGCCCUCCCACAAGAACCCUGUUGCACCAGGGAGCAAGCACACUGUGAACGGCUUCUUCCCGCAGCAGGGCGCCUACGAUUCCCCGCCUUCCCGCUCCGCGCUGGCAGACUCCAGCCUCUACAACCUGCCCAGGAGUUACUCCCAGGAUGUUCUGCCCAAGGCAGCGUCUCCAUCUGGAACUGAUGCCGAAGGAGAGCAGCAUGUUUUCAAUACCCCAUCAGCAGUGUCGUUAGACACGCAGAUGAGGCACAUCUCCAUUAGCUAUGACAUUCCCCCCACACCCGGAGGUACUUAUCAGGUCCCACGAACUUUUCCAGAGGGAACAUUGUCUCAGACUUCAAAACUGGAGACUAUUCCAGACAUCCCUCCACCUCGGCCCCCCAAACCUCACCAGGCAGCGGAUCGCUCUCCUGUGGAGACGUGUGGCAUCAGCCGCACCGCGUCAGACACGGAGAGCAGUUACUGCGUCCCCGCUGCAGGAGCGCCGCCCUCGCGCAGCAACACCAUUUCCACGGGAGACCUGAACGUCUUCCGGAAAGAAAUUAGUUCUCAAGACUGUUAUGAUAUUCCACGAACGUUUCUGAAUGACAGAUCUAAUUCAUUGGAGGGCUUCCAUAACCACUUUAAAAACAGAAGCAUGUUGACAGUGGGAAGUGUUUCAAGUGAAGAACUAGAUGAAAAUUAUGUCCCAAUGAAUCCCAACUCUCCUCCACGACAGCAUUCCAGCAGCUUCACUGAACCCAUCCAGGAAACAAACUAUGUACCCAUGAUACCUGGCACGUUUGAUUUUCCAUUGUUUGGAAAGCAAGUUCCUCCUCCUGCUCACAUGGGUUUCAGGUCCAGCCCAAAGACCCCUCCCAGACGGUCGGUGCCUGCUGCAGAGUGUGAGCCGCCGCCGGUGGAUCGGAACCUCAAACCUGACAGAAAAGGUCAAAGUCCUAAAAUUUUAAGACCUAAACCACAUGGUUUAGAGCGAACUGAUUCACAAACCAUAGGUGACUUUACUACAAGAAGAAAGGCAAAACCAGCUCCACUAGAAAUAAAACCUCUGCCUGAAUGGGAAGAAUUACAAGCUCCAGUUAGAUCUCCUAUCACCAGAAGCUUUGCACGAGACUCCUCCAGGUUUCCCGUGUCUCCCAGACCGGAUUCAGUUCAUAGCACAACUUCCAGCAGUGACUCGCACGACAGUGAAGAGAAUUAUGUAUCCAUGAACCCAAAUCAAUCCUCUGAAGACCCAAAUUUGUUUGGAAGCAACAGCCUCGAUGGAGGAAGCAGCCCUAUGGUAAAACCUAAAGGAGAUAAACAAGUGGAAUAUUUAGAUCUGGACCUAGAUUCGGGAAAGUCUACCCCACCUCGUAAGAAGAAGAACAGUGGCUCGGGCAGCAGCGUGGCAGACGAGAGGGUGGAUUACGUUGUGGUGGACCAGCAGAAAACCCUGGCCCUGAAGAGCACGCGGGAGGCGUGGACUGAUGGCAGACAGUCCACGGAGUCCGAGACACCCACCAAGAGUGUGAAGUGAAAACACUGCUCUGGCUUUGAAGAAUGGAAAGAAGUGAAUUUUGAAGAAUCACAGAACCACAAUGGCAGUGUUGUUCAGCUGCACAGUACCUGAUUCCCUGGGCUGGGAAUCAGUUCCUCGCCAAAUAAGUUGGAAGCCAAAAGACACUUCGAAUAUAUCAAAGGAACUUUAAGAUCCUGAAUUGGCUCUGUCUGGAAAAAUCACAGCCUGUAAAUAACCUGUAAAAUAAUAUUACUUAGGUUUCAGAAAACCUUUUGUUCUGUAGUUAACACAUUUGUAGUAUUACUUUGUUUAUGCACUUUUUCAGUUACAAUGUUGGUUCAGGUAUUCACAGUUAGUGUACCUUAAUGUCUAAUUAAUCUGGAGAAUUCUUUUUUCCUUACACUACUAUUCCUCACAAUUUUAGGUUAAUUAAGCUACAUGUAGAAAUGGAAAUUAAUAUUUGAACUUCAUUUUAACAACUCAAAAUUGAUUUUGCAGAAAUUCUUUCACAAUUGAAUAAUCUACUUGAAAUUCCAAGAGACAACCGUUAGUUACAUAUUUGUUUAUAUUUAAUACAUACAAGAUUAUUUGGAAGUCUACAGGUUUACCUUCCUAACAAAAAAUAGCUGUGAGUUAAUAAUAAUGAACUGUUCUGGGUUUAGACCUAAAAUCCUGGCUUAUAUGUUAGUUGUUAGUGGUGGAACUUCUAUUGUGUUUUAUUAAUGACAGUGUUCUGUGUUCAAUCAGUGAAGAUUCUGCAGGGUAGGAUCUUACACUUUCAAAGACUGAAUAAUUAAAUGUCAAGUAAGCCUGCAAACCACUGAUGGCAUGCAGUAAUAUUGUGAUCUCACACUUAUUAACAAGAAAUAACCUUUAUAUUAUUUACAGAAGGUAGAGUAUAUAAAUCAGGUACGUACCAAGCACUGUUGUGCUAAUACACUGAUCAGGUUUAGACGAUGAGCUUUAGUUUUGUACUGUUUAGAAGUUCUAAUGUCAGUUUUCAGUUCAAGAUUAAUGGGACAGUUUGACAUUCACUUUUUGUAGUACUAGCAAAAUACUGUGAUUUUGAAUUAAACAUUAACUCAAAUGGAAAUACUAUGUUUUAACACCAUAGUGUCCUUCUUAUGAGCUCUAUUUUACUUUAAUCUCCUGCUUGGCCUUAUAUUUAAAUCCCUAUGCAAUUGAUAUUUUAUAUCUCUGUUUUUAAAAAUUAGAUAAUGUACGUAAAUUAUCCCCUUGUACACCACUUGUUGCUAUUUCCUGGUACAGGAUUUUAAACUCUGUAUACUGUGAUCCUUUAUUUUACUAUGCCAGUUCCAAAUAAUAAUCUGUCUUGGUUUAGAAACAUUUUUUGUUAUUUGGAAGAAGAUAGAAUUCUUUAAAUACAUGAAUGAGUUAGGUCUAGAUAGAAAACUUACUAACACUUUUGUUUUAUACAAAUACCCUCAAUUAAGUGGUUGGUUUAAUUUUCCUGCCCAAUUGGGGUUUUUUUUGUCCAGAUCAUUUAAAAGUUGAGCCUAAAGCUGCAUUGUUUUCUGGCAUGUUGGCCUUCAUACUGUGCCUAAUCUACCAUCAGUUGUUUCUCUCCCUCACAGCCACAAUUUACAGUAUGUAAAUUAUCUUCUUCCUAACAAAUGUUCUUUUUAAAUUAGUAAUAUUUUGAUGCUUUGAAUGUUCAUUUAAAAAAAAGAAACUGAACACAAUGCAUUUUGAGGUGAAUUUUAAAUAAAUCAAGUUGUUCUGUU